GCAGUCCGUUCGUAGACUCCUCUCGUAGCGCGCCUACGUGGUCGAGCAAGUUUCGUAGCAUUCAAACAGUAUAUAGAAAGGAAUUAUGUAUGUGUGCGUAGUAAGCGUUGAGUUUUUCACUGUGUGUAAAAUUGUUAUGUAAAAAGUGGAUAAGUUUUUGUCUGAUAGUUCAACGUACAAUAUAAUUGUGAAAGCGAAUGGUAGCGGCUUGUACGGAUUGGACGAUGAUGGCGCUUUCAGGAGCGAGGUAGAAGCGCGCGGGCGCGGUACGGAGUCAGCGUUCUUUGGCGAGCUACACUCGACGCUGGCGCCCCCUGCCGCGCCCGACCACGACUGGCAACACACCCUCUCACUCAUACUCAAAGGCCUCAUCUUCACAACCAUUAUCAUCGGAGCUCUCUUUGGCAACGCCCUCGUCAUCAUAUCUGUCCACAGACACAGGAAACUUCGCGUCCUGACAAACUAUUACGUAGUCAGUCUAGCUGUGGCUGACAUGCUCGUCGCACUAUGCGCGAUGACCUUCAACGCUAGCGCCGAACUGACUGACACGUGGCUUUUCGGCCCUUUAGUCUGUGAUAUCUUCAAUUCCCUCGACGUGUACUUCUCCAGUGCGUCGAUACUUCACCUUUGCUGCAUAUCCGUUGACCGAUACUACGCUAUAGUCAGGCCUUUAGAAUACCCAGUCACGAUGACUCAUAGAACUGUCUGUUUCAUGCUGGCAAACGUAUGGUUGUGGCCUGCUUUUAUAAGUUUUGUGCCAAUAUUCAUGGGCUGGUACACAACCGAACAGCAUCGACAAGAGAGAUUGCAUCAUCCGGAUGUUUGUAUGUUCAAAGUAAACAUGGUCUACGCAAUAGUGUCGUCGAGUGUUUCAUUCUGGAUACCCAGUUUGGUCAUGAUUUCUAUGUACUGCCGGAUAUUUAGAGAAGCAAUAAGACAAAGAGAAGCAUUAACGAGAACAUCAUCGAACAUUCUUCUGAAUUCUGUCCAUAUGAAGCACACGUCGCAUUCCGCGCACCACUCACACUAUUUGCAUCCUGAGAGAAGGCCUUCUGACAUCAGUCCAAACUAUAGUACGUUUACAGAAGUAGGGCCUGAAGAGACUGAAUUUGGUGGGGAAGUCAUGAUGGCUAUAGGGGACAUUUGUCCAAGUAAGGAGGCUAGUCCGAGGAAGUCGGUCAAUGUGAGCUGUGAUACAGCUAGUUCUGGAUAUUGUUCUGGAGGAUCGAAUAAGAGGUCGUCGAGUGGACAGCCACCUCCUGGCUGGAGACCGAGUUGCUCAUCCGCCGUUGCCACAAGGGACCUAGCGAAAGCAGCUACGGAAUUAAACGCUCAAGGUGCUUCUUUAAGAGCGGCGGGCAAGUCUUGGCGAGCCGAGCAUAAGGCGGCGCGCACACUCGGCAUCAUAGUUGGAGCGUUUUUGUUGUGUUGGCUGCCAUUUUUUCUUUGGUACGUCACAACAAACUUAUGUGGAGAGCCUUGCGAAACUCCAUCAGUCGUCGUCGGCGUCCUAUUCUGGAUAGGCUACUUCAACUCGGCACUCAAUCCUCUCAUCUACGCGUAUUUCAACCGCGACUUUCGAGACGCGUUCAAAAACACGCUCAUGUGCGCACUGCCUUGCUGCUUCAGUUGCUGGAAGGACACAGGAACGGCACAGUUCGUGUAGUAAUUACAGAGAUGCGACUAAAAAGUCGCAGAAUCGCAUGAACGAUUAGUGUCUAGUGUGUAGACUUAGAGCAUCGAAUAUUGCUAACAUUUUGUAUUUAUAUGAAUAAGCUUCAAAUUGAGUUGUUUUGUAAUCAUUUCAAAUGGUUGUAUGUAUGCAAAGUUCUAUCAAAAUUGAAAUGGAAAAUAUUGUGUAUUUAAUUCCGCUUUUAUAAUAAUGAUUACGGCGAUAUUACCUAAGUGUUGUCGUUAUUUGUAUGUGUGUAUGUACGCCAUCUUUAAUUAAGGCUUUGUAUAAGAAAUUGGUAUAUCAAGAUGGUGACUGUAAUACUAAUUAAGUAGUUAUUGUAUGGUUUAACCACAGUCUGAUUACUUUAUAUUGUUGAUGUUCUUGGAAAACGUCUAUUUAUAUCAUGGAAAUAAAAUGUAACGAAUAUCAUAAAAUUCACCCUUCUAACUGCGCUGUUAAAUUAAUUUAGAAAUAUAGUUUCUUCCCAUAAAUAAGUUUGACAGCUCUAUAAAGUAAUAGGUCUGUGGCGAAACACAUAAAAAGUCCUUCUCUAGGUAAAGUGGUAGUUCUAAAUUUGGUAAAAAAUGUGCGAUUUUAAAUCGUAAAGUGUCUAGUAGAUCUUAUUUUGACAUAAGAAAUUAUUUAAGGUAUAUAGAAAUGCGCUUUGCAGUAUGUGAAAAGUUCGUAAUACGGGUGCAAUAUAGAUAAAAUAUAUAGCCUGUAAUUAUUAUAGUAUUACUAAUGUCGUAGCAAUAAUCUUCUAUAUUUUUUGGGUAUGUAUUGACCCCAACUACCGGAAUUGAGGGGUACAAAAUACCCCACGAAAUUAUUACGUUUGUAGAUAAUUUGCGAUAGUAAUUUAAUGAUAAAUAGUUGCUCAAAUUGUCCAUUUGAUGGCAAUAAGCAUUUACAGUGGCGGAUUUACAAAUCUGCCGCUAGUAGGCCAUUCAAUUUUUGCCGCCCCUAAUGAUUGCGGACUCAACGAUAUUUCUGUCAGUUACUAAAUUAUUUUUGCAACCCGCUACGUACCGAAGAGUUUAAUGUUGACCAAACAAGCUUAUUUG